AUGCCGCCUCCCGAUCGCCGCGUCUCCCGAGUGCCGAGCCUCCCGAGUGCCGAGUCUCCCGAGUGCCGAGCCUCCCGAGUGCCGAGUCUCCCGAGCGCUGAGCCUCCCGAGCGCCGAGCCUCCCGAGCGCCGAGCCUCCCGAGCGCCGAGCCUCCCGAGCGCCGAGCCUCCCGAGUGCCGAGCCUCCCGAGUGCCGAGCCUCCCGAGUGCCGAGCCUCCCGAGUGCCGAGCCUCCCGAGUGCCGAGCCUCCCGAGUGCCGCGUCUCCCGAGUGCCGAGCCUCCCGAGUGCCGAGUCUCCCGAGUGCCGAGCCUCCCGAGUGCCGAGCCUCCCGAGUGCCGAGCCUCCCGAGUGCCGAGCCUCCCGAGUGCCGAGUCUCCCGAGCGCUGAGCCUCCCGAGCGCCGAGCCUCCCGAGCGCCGAGCCUCCCGAGCGCCGAGCCUCCCGAGUGCCGAGCCUCCCGAGUGCCGAGCCUCCCGAGUGCCGAGCCUCCCGAGUGCCGAGCCUCCCGAGUGCCGAGCCUCCCGAGUGCCGAGCCUCCCGAGUGCCGAGCCUCCCGAGUGCCGAGCCUCCCGAGUGCCGAGCCUCCCGAGUGCCGCGUCUCCCGAGUGCCGAGCCUCCCGAGUGCCGAGCCUCCCGAGCGCCGAGUCUCCCGAGUGCCGAGCCUCCCGAGUGCCGAGUCUCCCGAGUGCCGAGCCUUCCGAGUGCCGAGUCUCCCGAGUGCCGAGCCUCCCGAUUGCCGAGCCUCCCGAGCGCCGCGUCUCCCGAGUGCCGAGCCUCCCGAGUGCCGAGUCUCCCGAGUGCCGAGCCUCCCGAGUGCCGAGUCUCCCGAGUGCCGAGUCUCCCGAGCGCCGCGUCUCCCGAGUGCCGAGCCUCCCGAGUGCCGAGUCUCCCGAGUGCCGAGCCUCCCGAGUGCCGAGUCUCCCGAGUGCCGAGUCUCCCGAGCGCCGCGUCUCCCAGCGCCGAGCAGACCAUCUGGCAUAAUCUGA